UUUGAGAAAAGAUGAAGUUUGGAAAAGAAUUUUCUAUCCAAUUGGUGCAGGAAUGGCAGGAUGCAUAUAUGGAUUACAAUGGUCUGAAACAAGUCUUGAAACAAGUACUUCAUCUCAAGGAUCGACAACAAGAAAUACACCAUCCAUUGACUUCAGCAAGAGGGUCAUUUAGGAGAAGGGUGUCAUUGUAUCGUGCGUUUAGCGGGCUAACAAGCAAGUGCAGGCUUGGUUCGCCAAGGAAGGGCGACGGCGGUGGUGGCCAUGUCGAUGAUGAAGUGAUACUAGUGAGUUCAGUGGACGACGAGGGAUCAGAAGAUGGGAAGUAUCAGACUAUGUUUCUCAUGCCAUCUGAUGAAGGAGGAGAGUAUGAGCUUGUGUUCUUCAGGAAGCUUGAUGAUGAGUUCAAUAAAGUAGUUAACUUCUACAAGAAGAAAGUGAAUGAAGUGAUGGUUGAGGCGGAUGAGUUGAGCAAACAAAUGAAUGCAUUCAUUGCUUUGAGGAUUAGGGUUGAGAAUCCAGUUUUAGGAGGGGCUAAUCUCUCUUCAAUUCAUCCAGUUGAUGCUACAAAACAAGGUGAAAAGUUCAACCGUAUGGAGACUAUACAAGAAGUUGAGAUGAGCAGUGAAGAACAACCGGCCGAAGGUGAAAGUGGAAGACACCAGCAAGCAAAGGCUGAUAUGGAGGGGUUUAGACCACCUUCAUUAAGAGUGUUGGAUCAUGUAAGGAUCAAUGUUGAGCCUGAAUCUCCAGUUUCGACGCUAAAAGGUGUCCUAAAGACUACAAAUGACAAGAGAUUCAGUAAACGUGAGCUAAAGAAAGCAGAAACCCUAAUGACACAGGCUUUUAUUGAGUUCUACAACAAGCUUAGACUUAUGAAAAGCUUCAGCUUUUUGAAUCAAUUGGCAUUCUCCAAGAUCUUGAAGAAGUAUGACAAGAUUGCAGCAAGAAAUGCAUCAAAGACUUACUUAGAGAUGAUCGAUAAUUCGUACCUUGGCAGCUCUGAUGAGGUUUCUAAGCUCAUGGAAAGAGUAGAAGCUACUUUUGUUAAGCACUUUGCAAAUGGAAAUCACAGAAAAGGAAUGGACAUUUUAAGACCAAAAUUUAAGAGGGAAAGGCAUACCAUCACAUUUUUCUUAGGUGUGUUCUUUGGCUUCUCCCUUGCACUUUCAGUUGGCAUUAUUGUGUCUAUCCACGCCAGAAAUGUUGUCAAUAGUCCGGGCCGCCAUCAAUACAUGGAAAACAUAUUUCCACUUUACAGCUUCUUUGGAUAUAUCUUCUUGCAUUUGUUCAUGUAUGCUGUAGACAUAUACUAUUGGAAUCGUUAUCGCGUUAACUAUGCAUUCAUAUUUGGCUUCAAGCAAGGAACAGAACUGGGUUUCAGGGAAGUCCUCCUCCUUAGUUCUGGUCUUGCUGUAAUUACAUUUGCCGGGGUUGUAUCAAAUUUGGAUAUGGAGAUGGAUCCGAGAACAAGAAGCUUCAGAGCUAUUACUGAACUAGUCCCCUUAGGCCUACUUCUCGUUGUGGGAUUUAUUACAUUCUGCCCUUUCAAUAUCAUAUACCGUUCAAGCCGAUUCUUCCUUAUUCGAUGUAUAUUUCACUGUAUUUGUGCACCCCUUUACAAGGUUACCCUCCCAGAUUUCUUCCUUGCAGAUCAGUUCACUAGCCAGGUGCAAGCUAUUAGAAGUCUGCAAUUCUAUAUAUGUUACUAUGGAUGGGGGGACUACAAAAGGAGAUCAAAUUCCUGCAAAGGAAAUGAGAUUUACAGAACAUUUUACUUAAUCGUUGCGACCAUUCCAUAUUGGAUUCGUUUUCUUCAGUGUGCUAGACGUUUGAUUGAAGAGAAAGAUUCAGAUCAUGCAGUAAAUGGACUAAAAUACUUCUCAACUAUCGUUGCGGUUGCUACAAGAACAACUUUUGCUCAGAUAAAGACUGGGAAUAUGAUGAUUGCAGCGGCAGUCACUUCAGUUUUUGCUACAUGUCUUUCGACGUACUGGGAUCUUGUUAAGGAUUGGGGUCUUCUGCGAAGAGAUUCGAAAAACCCUUGGUUGAGAGAUAAGCUUCUUGUACCUAACAAAAGUGUUUACUUCAUAGCCAUGGUAGUGAACGUUAUACUGAGACUUGCUUGGGUGCAGUCAGUGUUUGGGUUUACAGAUGCUCCAUACAUACAUAGAAAAGCCUUGACUGCCAUAGUUGCAGUCCUGGAGAUUUUCCGGCGUGGCAUGUGGAACUUCUUCAGGUUGGAGAAUGAGCACUUAAACAAUGUGGGGAAGUAUCGUGCGUUCAAGUCAGUACCUUUGCCUUUUAACUAUGAGGAUGAAGACAAGGAUCUAUGAACUACGAAACAGGCAUGAUUCAGAAGAGAGAUGAAGAUCAAGCAAAAACUAAACUGCACAUAUGUGGAAUUCUUUUAUAUUUUAUUCUUUUUAAGUCAGUGAGAAUUGACUUACUUGUAUAGACUUGCAACAAAGCAAAUGA